AUGGCGUCCGGAAGUGCUUUUGUUGAGCAGCCCGACAUCGACUGUGAAGCUCUCGAUGAGGCUCUCGAUGAGUCUCCUUUGGAACUCUUUGUUUCAGGAGAGAAGCCGCCGGUUCACUCGAACGAGCCGAAGAAGCAGCAGACUGAGAAGGGGAAGGGGAAGGAGAUUGCGGAGAAUGACACUCUGCCUAUGGUUCAUGAGUCCUUGACUGAAGAGGCUGAGGCCGAGAAGGCUUGGAAUGAACAGUCUGGGUUUUCCGAACCUUGGCGUCAACUGCAUGAAGGUGUCUGGACCCAAUUUGGCACUCAUACAACGCCCUCGAAUGGAGAGGCCUCAACUGGAGAGGCCUCGGCUGAGCACACCGGAGCUGAAGAGGCCUUGGACGACGAGGCCUCGGGCGAAGAUGUCUCGGGCGAAGAGAUCUCCACUGAAGAGAUCUCCACUGAAGAGGCUUUGACUGACCAGACCAAUGUGGCCUUCAGUAUGGACCUCCCCGAUGUUGAGGAGAUGGAUGAAGAGGCUCUUGCUGAAUUCCUCUACGUCUUCGAUCUCGUGAAACAGGAUGUAGCCCACCUUGGAAGACCGAAACCAAUCCGACGAAUGGAAUGA